AUGGCCAACUUGACUGCCCUCAUGGGCUCCAGGAGGAACUCGUGCACCUUCCAUGAGGAGUUCAAGCAGGUCCUGCUGCCCCUGGUCUACUCGGUGGUGUUCACAGUGGGGUUGCCCUUGAACGCCGUGGUCAUCGGGCAGAUCUGGGUGGCCCGUAAGGCACUCAGCCGCACCAUGAUCUACAUGCUGAACCUGGCCAUGGCUGACCUGCUCUACGUCUGCUCCCUCCCGCUCCUCAUCUACAACUACACCCAGAAGGAUUAUUGGCCUUUUGGGGACUUCACCUGCAAAUUCAUCCGCUUCCAGUUCUACACCAACCUACACAGCAGCAUCCUCUUCCUCACCUGCAUCAGCGUCCAGCGGUACCUGGGCAUCUGCCACCCCUUGGCCUCGUGGCACAAGAAGAAGGGGAAAAAGCUGACGUGGCUGGUGUGCGCCGUGGUGUGGUUCAUCGUCAUUGCCCAGUGCCUGCCCACCUUCAUCUUUGCUUCUACCGGCACCCAGAGGAACCGUACUGUCUGCUACGACCUGAGCCCACCGGAUCGCUCCGCCGCCUACUUCCCCUACGGCAUCACCCUCACCAUCACCGGCUUCCUGCUGCCCUUCGUGGCGAUCCUCGCCUGCUACUGCAGGAUGGCCCGGAUCCUGUGCCAGAAGGAUGAGCUGAUCGGCUUGGCGGUGCACAAGAGGAAGGACAAAGCCGUGCGUAUGAUCAUCAUCGUGGUCAUCGUCUUCUCCAUCAGUUUCUUCCCCUUCCACCUCACCAAGACCAUCUACCUGAUUGUCCGUUCCUCACCCAGCCUGCCCUGCCCGGCUCUACAGGCGUUCGCCAUCGCCUAUAAAUGCACACGUCCCUUUGCCAGCAUGAACAGCGUCCUUGACCCCAUCCUCUUCUACUUCACCCAACGCAAGUUUCGCGAGAGCACCCGUUACCUCCUCGACAAGAUGAGCUCCAAGUGGCGGCAUGACCAUUGCAUUACCUAUGGCUCCUAGGUGAGGACAAGGGCCACCUUGGUGUCACCGGGACUGGGCAUGGAGCAAUUUUGGCUUUAAGGUCCAUGGAGGAG